AUGAGCAACCAUGACCUAGAGUUGAAAAACAGAAAAAUUAAAAGGAUCCUGGAGAGGGAGAUAAUUAAUAUGUAUUUAAAGGAGGAAAGAUCUCUCCAGGACAGUUGGCUCCCAGACGCAGCAGAGGAGAUGCCUACAGGCAUGGGAGGACCCAUUCUGCUGUGCAUAGCUUUUCUGCUCUUCUCUCCAGAUGGGGCACUAGCAGUAAUUCUGAAAUCUGUGGUGUCUUUGUACCCACCAUGGAAUAGAAUAUUCAGAGGAGAGGCUGUAACUCUUACAUGUAAUGGGGACAAGUCUCUUGAUGACAACUCCACUAAGUGGACCCGUGAUGGCAUCACUUUAGCAGAGACAACUUCACAUUUGGAAAUCUUGAAUGCCACCUUCCAGCACAGUGGGCAAUACCAAUGUCAAAGCCCCAGUUUUAACCAGAGUGAUCCUGUGUACCUGGAAGUCUUCAGUGAUUGGCUGCUCCUACAGGUCUCUCCUAAUGUGGUGACAGAGGGUAAGCCCUUCUUCAUCAGGUGCCAUGUUUGGAAGAAUUGGGAUGCCUACAAGGUAAUCUACUACAAGAAUGGCAAAGGUCUCAAGUACUGGUAUGAGAAUCACAACAUCUCCAUCACAAAAGCCACACUUGAAGACAGUGGCACCUACCACUGUGAAGGUGACCUUAAGCCACUACAUUAUGUUUCUGGUCCCAUCAACAUUACUGUAAUCAGAGCUCACCAAAGCAAGCACUGGAUACCACUUUUUAUCCCAUCGUUGGUGGUGAUUCUGUUUGCUGUGGAUACAGGGUUAUUCAUCUCAACUCAGAAGCAGUUCAAAUUUAUCUUGAAGAUUAAGAAGACCAAGAGGGACCAAACUCUAAAGCCACAUCUUAAGCCAGACUCCAAAAGAACUGAUGGCAUUGUUCAAGAAAUUUUGUAACAGCAUUUUUUUCCUAGCACCAACAAUUGUUUCUCAAAUGUCAGAUAGAGCUUGCACCACACAUAGUAAAGUCUGUGCUCUAAAAUUUACAGAACUACUUCAUUGAACUAGCUAUAAGUGUUAAGUAGCAUAUAAU